AUGUGGCCAGACCAAUCCGACCUGUGUGUGGAGAAUGGGCUGCACGCCAUGACCCCACAUGAGAAUGAGAUGUCAGGGGAGCAGUGCAGAGGCCAUGACAUGACAUGUCUACUGGCGGCUAUGAUUCGGGGGAAUGCCCCGAAGCCCCGCGCCCGACGAUUGAACAGGAAGGUCGUGCAGGAGGCGACUGAAUCUGCUGGCAUAUUUCCAGAAAAGGGGUUGGAUGGCGGGUGGAGAGAUCACGACAUCGAUGCGUCGAUUGCGUUUUAG